AUGCGCCAGUAUAGCACUUUUGUGGGCCACCGCAGCGGAUCGCCUUUCCUCGUCGGUUUGGAUGAUCCAAAUUCUGAUGAUGAGAAGCGCAUUGCAAAUGUGAUUGUGACCUCGUCGGAGACGAAGAUCAUAAGUAUAACCUUUUUGUUCAAUGACGGCACCUCAUCAUCGUCAUCAUCGUCAUCUGGGGCUGAAGGAACCGGUAUUCGAGAGGAUGGUUUUUCCACAUCUGGCGACGACAUUGUCCAAAUUGUGGCGACUGCUGGAAAAUGUAUCGAAAGCUUGCAGCUUAUUACUUCAUCUGGUGUUGUCUCGCAUGUACUUGGAGUCCAGAACCACCGAUAUCCAGUAAUUCACCUGAAGUCUCCCACAGGCUCACCUCUAGUCGGCCUGGUAGGCUUUGGCGAUGAUUCUGUGCAGGGUAUCCAGGCCGUUUGGUCGGCGAGCAACAGGUACCUGCCUGAAGUCAAUGUCUCACAAACCAUAGGGACGUAUUCCAUGCACAAGGGUUGGAGCGACUUGGACUCAGGAGCUCAACGCAAGAAGAUCAAAGCCCUUGAGAUUCGCAGUGGAUGGUGGAUAGAUGGCUUUCGUUUCGUCUACUCAGAUGGAAGUGCUACACCUUGGAGGGGCGGAUAUGGCGGCCUUGAGACUAAGUGGGAACUACAAGAUGAUGAGCAUUUCAUACAGAUUUACGUCACUGGCGAAGAGAAGAUCUGUAGUCUUGCUUUUGUCACGUCAAGGGAUGCUAACAUCACGAAUACGUUUGGACGACCAUGUGGAAAACAGCAACUUCUACAAUCCUCAGGCACUGAACCUUUACUUGGCUUCCUUGGCUCUGGUGAUGAAUGUAUUCAAAGUCUACAGCCCAUUUGGAAAACCCAGCCUAUUGACCAAAUCUUCACGUUGCAGACCUGCGACCCUGUUGGAUCACAGAGCGGUUCGGCUUGGUCGGACAAAGAUUGUGGCUCUGCGCACAAGAAGAUAUCAAACAUACACGUCAGACAUGGUUCGUGGAUCGACGCCCUAACCGUUACUUAUGCGAAUGGCUCAACGACGCCGAGAAGAGGAGGUCAAGGAGGGAAGGAGGACAUCUUCAAUAUUCUCGCCAACGAGGACGUCGCUGAGAUCCGAGGUACGGCGAAUGACAAGUUAACCUCAAUCCAAUUUGUGACAUCAUCAGGACGGGAGUCACAGUUGUACGGAAAGUGGGAUGGUUACCCUUUCGUAUGGAGAUGCGACUUCGGUCCUGAUCCAAGCGCCUUAGAAGGUUUCAAAGGAUCUGGUGAUACUUGCAUUCAAAGCAUUGAGCCAUUAUGGUCAUGCAGAAGAUGCCUCAGAGGCGAUCUGAUGUUCUCUGAAUGUCGUGAACAAAUCUCAAACUUCAGGUCCAAAGCGGAUUCCAUUGAUGGACAACUCGCCACAUAUUCCAUCUCUAUCCCAAAGCUUGUCCCCGCAUUGAUCAAACUAGCUCAACCAUCUUACCAGAUUGCCCUCCAGAACCUCGUGGCCCUAGGAAAGACGCUUCAAAGAACAGAGCCCGGUACCCCAGAAGCGAUCAAAACCCUGUCUACUAAUUGGAAACAACAAUGCACGUCACUCUUCCACAGUUUCGAAACAGUCUACCGGCUUUCCUCCGACUCGGCCAAACUGUGCUCUCGCCAAGUAGAGUGUAUUGUCUAUCUCACCAGUGAACUCGAGAAGAUGGAACAUCAGGCGAACGAUCUUUCAGAAAUCAUCGCUUCCGCUUUGGCUAGGAGACAUGUGGAGAUGGGGCAGAAUCAACAAAGGAUACGAGAAAGUGAAGACGCCAUCGCGCAGGCUCAAGCCAACGUGGACGCCUUUGUCAAUUCCCGGCCGAUACCAUUCCUGGAUAUGAGUGAUACAUUGAAGGCGGCCGAAGCGAUCAUUAAGUUCCUUAGAGCUAUGCCUGAUUUCUUAAUUCCAGAUGAGCUUUUACGACAGGGAGAGCUAGUUGAAAAAGGCAUCAAUGACGUACGUCGCACUAUGGACGCAGGUAACACUGCACGUCUUCGGCUUCCUCUGGUGAAGGCGGACUUCGAGAAAGCGAGCCAAGAUGCAGCCACCUCCGGUAGCCUUGUCUACGACCUUGGUGCUUGUGCUACAAAGUACCAAGAACAGAUCGCCGCUACGAAACCUCACAGAGAGAAACUGCUGGAAAUCGCGCAGCUAAGUUGGGAUGCAACUAGAGUUGUAGGUCAAGUCACAGCCAAGACGGAGUUCUUCGAAUACUAUGAAGCGGAGAAGAUCAGGACAACGUUGGUGAAGCUUCAUGCGUUGUUGGGCGGGUUUGAGCCAUUGGAGGAGAAUACGCUUCGUGCGAUCAUCACUCAUGCUGAAGCAGUUGGUGCUGCGAAGACAGAGGUUCAGGAUGUGGUAUGCCAAGUGUAGACUCAAUUCUAUUACAAGGGAUCAUUCACCGUAGUCAUCGAAUCGCAUUUCGUAUACACGUUACAAACGCUAUAGCGUCAAUCCAUAGCAAAAGUCAUAAAUUACCGACAUGUCA